CUGUAUAAGCAGUAAGCAUAGAGCACUAGACGAUAACAGUCUCAUUAAUUUGCAUAAAAAUGGAAGCUAAAUGAAAGUAACAGAGGAGAUGAAACCUGAUGAUGAUGUCCUGGAGCUGCUUUUCCCAGAAAGAUGGUUGAUGCAUCAUUAUUGGAUUCUUUAUUACAUGCUUAAGAAUACUGCAAUGCUGUAAAGGAGCACACCGUUCAGGUCAGUAGAAGGUCGCCUGGCCCUCCACCCCUCUCCUCGUCACCAUGGCAGGUCCUCAUGAGCCCUCAGUCCUGAAGCCUCCAGGUGAAGACGAGGUGUUCUUUAAGAACUACAUCCCACCUGCUCGAGAUGCCAUCCACAUGCCUAUACACGUCUUCUAUAUGCUCCUUGCUACCAUCGUCAUCAUCAUGACCCUCUAUGCCAUCAUCGGUCACCUGAUUAAAGACCUCAUCCAUGACUUAGCAGACAGGAUGUUUGGAGAGCAGCCGGAGGAGGUGCAGAUAAACUUUCUGGAGGCGAGGGAUAAGUUCAUGGCGGACUGGUGCCCGGAGACGACACCAGAGCUGGAGGCACUGGCCCGAGCCGAAGAGAUUAAAGUGAGCAUGGAGGGCAAUGCCCGCGGCCCAGCUGUCUGGGUCAUCUCUGAUGAACCACGGCCUCCCCGCACUGGACCACGCGUGGUAUUCGGCAAAAACACAUAAACAGCUCCUGGCUUGUUUCAGUUACUUUCUGUCUCCUUUAAAAUACACUCAAAAAUGAACUAAUGAGGUUUUACUUAAAAAAAAUGAAAAAAUGUCAACAUUAAAUAAAUGAAUUGUGCUGUUCACUGGUUUAAGUAAAACUGACAAAAAUGAAUGACAGUACAUUUCAAUAAAUUAAAAUUGUUCAUGUUGGUCCAAAAAGAACUCAAUUAAAAAUGAAACACAAAUAAAUUGCACUGAAAUGUUUUUUUUAAAA